GAGCUAUUGUGAGCCGCUUCGCCGGACGCCGAAUUACUUCUUUUUAAAGGUCGGAUCUUCAACGAUGCUUUACACAGCUUCCCAUUAGACGAGUAUUAUGUUAUUCGAGUCUAUAAAAAGGAGAGACAAAAAAAAAGCUCAGCUUUGUAAGUACAAAAGGUGCUGCACGGCGCUUCGAGUUAUACAAAGGAUGAGGAGAACGCGGAAAAGAGCACGAGGCAUAUAAAUAUACACAAACCGAUGUGCGUGCGUUGUGUGUACAUCGGCACUCGCGAUGCGACAGUCAGUCAGUUCGAUGGAGCAGUAUCCCCUUUUUAGCAGACGAAUCGAAUUUCGAUAUUCGCGCUACUGCGGUGCUUUGGCAUCUCCCUCUCACCUCUAGCAGCUCGAGUAGAUAGUAAGUAUAUAUCUCACAUUCGCCGUUUCUUCUUUAUGGCUUGAAGCACCGAUCAGUUGUACGCCGUAGGGUAUUAUCUUCUUUGCUGCAGUUCAUAUCGAGUUUGAAGAAGGGAACAAAUAACAAUAACAACAAUCAAGCGAAGUUAUACACAACACCCCGUCUUGUUUCUUCCCUCGCCGUGCACUGCGCGAAAUGCAACCAACACUCUGUGUGCUGUGAACUGUCGUACGUAUACACGAGAUAGGGUCAAGUUGAUGCGCUUCUACUGCUGUGUAAAUGAUACUGUGCUGUACACGCGACUGUGUAGACACUAGUAAGAGGGUGAACUAACUGCAACCCCUUCUGCGUAUCCUCAUGCUACUCCUCCUACCUCCUCCUCCGCUUCUUCUUCUGCUCUCGUCCACACACUGUCGAUUCAGCGGAAUAUAACGUGCAUGUGCCAGUGGCUGCAAUGUACAUACACACAUGUAUGCCUACAUCGCGUACGUAGGUAGAGAACUACUCGGCUAUCCUCACAUUUGGCGCAGACGUUCUCUACACACACCGACGUUAUAAUGAUGAUGAUAUUGCGACAGCGCGCUUGCUUUGUAAACUACUACUGUACUUUGCACGAGAGGAACAGUGACGGAGCGAGAAGGAAAAAAGGCGCAGGUGUCGAUCAGUCGCGGCGAUGCGACGAGAUGAUGUGCGCGAUGAAAUGAGUUAUACGGGUAAACCUCGACCUUUUUUUCUGUGUGUAUUCCGAUCCAUCGGCUAAGUUAUGCUUCUUUCAGGGACGUUUCGGAGAAAUUCUCGAUUAUUAUUGUAAUAAUUCUGCACGGCGCAACGGCGCGAGCAGCUAGCGCGCGCCGACUGAUCAGCAGCAUCGCUUGUAAACUGCGUCUCAGCGGGCACGAACUACGCAAGAUUUACCUGCCGUGUGUUAUUCGUAUAGCCCCAGGCGCAGGACUGGUAGAGUAUCGUAUUCCUAUAUAGAUAUAGGGACAUACUGCGAAACACCUUGCUCGUAUGCGUAACGGAAAAAAUCGCAUGUUUUUUCUUCGCGCUCGAGUUGCGAUGUUAUUAGGCUUUGAGUGCACUAACAUAUCAGCCUCAAUUUUCUGAUUUUCAUAGCAAAGAGUAUAGUUGUGUAUUCGAAUUUUCCUCGGGCCCGCGUGAAGAUCUUUACACGUUUUAUCAAAAAAAGGAUGUGAAAUUAUUUAAAAUAAACAUUUUGCCAUUGCAUUUUGGUCAACGCACGCAUGCGCACAUUGCAGUUAUUGGCAGCCCUGAAAUGCUGUUAUUUUAAUGUAAAAAAAUAUCAAAUUAUAAAAACGUUUGCGCGUUAAAACUCAUUAAUCGUUUUUGAUUGAAUUCAUACAAUCAAGAUUUUAAGGGUUUGAUCAAAAAAUCAAAUCAUUUUUUUAAAGAUUUGUUUUUAAAUUAAUCGGAUGAAAAUUAACCAAAUAUUUUGAUGAUUGCUUGAUCAAAAUUAAUAUAAUCCAUAGAUCGGUAAUACGAGAAGCAACAUUUGAGAUGGCUGCAUCAGUUACACUUUGACGACGAAUCGAUUGUGUUAUUGGAACAAUGUCAAAUUAUUGAAAUCGAAUAAAUUUAAAUUCUCAUACUUACGAAUAAAUAAACGCGAGAGAAAAUUUGAUUUACUAUCGAUCUUUCUUGAUACGUUGCCAGCUACGAAGUUUUUUUACAACUGAACAAUGAAUUUGUUUUGCACGGACAGAACUCAUACGUAAACUGCUAAUUAUAAAAAGAUAAAAUGCGUGGGUGCUGAAUAUUCCAUAAAGUAUGAAAUGUAUGCUAAUGAGAAAACAAUUUCUCAUAGGAUCAUUUCACAAUUUUCAAGAUGAGAAUCGAUCGUUAUUAAUAUGUUUAUUGCCACACCUCAAGGUCUUUGACUCGAUGAAAGUCUCUACCUUGUAAAAAAGAUCGUUUAAAAUACGACAAUGACUCGAUUUUUCAAAUUCACUCAGACGAAGUAGCUAUAACAUAUCUUCCAAUUACAUUUAAACAUCAAUGCGUUGACAUUCUGUAAUCAAAACUCUGAUAACAACGCAGUAUUUUGGUGAAAUGCGCAGUACAGUGCACAUUCAUGGAAUUCGCGCGCAGUGUAUGCUUAUCACAAUGUAUCGCGUCCCAUCAAAAAUGUCAAAUGCAGUGACGAUGUGAGGCAGCAAGAAAACAUCUUCCUUCUCGUUCUAUUGUCGUAAAUCAACAACUCACUUGUUUCUGCGCUGCACUUGAACAAUGUCUCUUCUCUGCUUUCAAUAAACUGACCAAUUAAUAUGCAUUUCUAAGUGUAAUCGCGGAAAUCAACAGCGGAACUGCAACGGCAUAUAUACAAAGUGCAGACGACACAAUGUCUAUAGAAGAAAAUUUAGCAGCUAAAUUGUGUUACUUUUUGGGAGACCAAGUGAACAGUGCAGAGCAAUGGAAAUUACUUGGUCAAGAAAGCAAUGGAUCUUUGCUACUGGGAUGGAUAGAAAUUUCAUCAAAGCAUUGCAAUCGGAGCCCUUAUUCUGUAAUUGGCUGUUACAAUAGGCUUUUAGAUAAAUUAGAGGUUUUAUAUAGAUUCAAAGAUACGCUUAACCUGAUUCAAGCUACAAUAAACCAAAGUCAAUCAGUAUUGGGAUAUAUAGUAAAACAAACUCUGGAAAGUGAUGCAAGAGAAAAUGUGAUAAUUAAUAGUGAAAAAUCAGCCAAAGAUAUUGCUAAUGAAGAUAAAAAAUGCACAAGUACAGAGUCCAAUGAGUAUUAUCAAGCUUAUUUAGUUGAAUUGAAGACUGAGGAAGCUAAGAUACAUACCCUAGAAAGUAAAAAAUUUAAACAAAUAAGAAUACAGUUUUUAUACAAAGAAAAACUUAGCUCUAGCAUAGACAAGCUCUUGGUCUUGAUACAUCAAGAAUACGUCCAUAAGUGUACCCUUUUAUACAAUACUAAUACUGAGAUAGCCUCAAUAAAAGAAGUGAAAAAGGAAGUCAUUAUAAGAAAUUCUAUAUGGGCUCAAUGGGAUUCAAUUAAUCAAGUUUUGUAUCACAUACAUUUAAAAAAAGCAUCAACAAGUGUGUUUACUGAAGAUUCAAACAGAGACCAACACAACCCUCCAUGUAGUUCCCCAACGCUCAGUGGCUUUCAAUUUCAUGAUGAUUUACCCCAUGAAACAGUGUUAAACAUUCCUCUCAACUUACCACAAUGUCCCAAUUCAGACAAUUGUGGCGCGUACGAGGACGACGUGAUACCUCUCAGAAUACACGACUGUUCGCUCGAUCUCAUCGUCGUUUCGGACCAGAAGGGCACAGUAUGCGUGUGCCAUCAUUACCUCUACCGUCCUGUACAAGAUGCCCAGAUGGAUGAAGUGUCGUCCUGCGACGAUUCGAACACCGUGAAUUUUGCCUACUCCGUCACGCUUCUGCAUCACAGCUGCGUGAUUCACUGCGUCGUUCCAGCCAUACCUUGGAACCGGGCUAAGCUCAUGAGACCGACUUUCGCCCUUUACGGCGAACACCACAUGAUCGUAUUCGUGCCGGAUUGCUUUACGCACCUGUUGGAGAUCGGCUUGCAUCAUCAACCUUGCUGUCACAUCCUUGGCGGAGCUUUACCCAAUGUAUCGGCGCAAUCCUACCUCGUACCGUUAUUGAAUUUGAACGGGACCAAAUCCAAAAAUGUGUCUACCAGCAAUACUUUUUCGUCUCUUCUUGGUACUAGCACGAAUAUUCUGACGAUCGACCUACCAACAUUGGACUUGGUGAAUCUGACCGUACCCAAUAACUUUCUCAUCGACUUGUUUAAAAAAACUUCAUCGUCGGACAAUCGUCUGGCCAUACUGCAUUACUUUUUGACCCAUAAAAACGACCUAGACUUGGCAUCCGAAUUGAUAUCGUCCCUGGUUGAGAAACCGCGCAAUCUCGACGUCGUCAAAGUGAUGCAAGAAUUCCUCAUCGGCGGUGCUCACAUGCUCGUGCAAAAAAAUCUGCUCACCGACGCGAUACCCCUGCUGUCUCUGAUUCCCGUGACGACGCUCGACGAGUGCUCGACCAUUGAGCUCCAAGUCAAGGACUUGCGCGUGAAACUGAGCCACGAGAAACUCUGGAACACGGCGGUGAUGCUGCUGUCGCCGCAACAGAGAAUCGUCACUUACAGAAGCGAUCUCUGGACGAAGCUGUGGGAUACGUUGAACAAGAGGAGCAAAGAAGAUUUCCCGAGAUUUCAACCCAGUCAGACGGCGGAGAAAUUACAGAUCUCGCUGUCUUGCUACCAACCGGAGGCUCUGUCGAGAUGUAGCACGCCUAUGUCACCGAAUGGAGGGUUCAACAUUGCAAGCGCCACAUUCGGAGAGCUCAUGGGUGGACGUCACAAGUACGCCAAUCACUCGGCUCUACCGUUCGUCGAGCAGGAGAGCUGCACAGCUUCAAAACAAGAGCACAUAGCCUCGGUGAAUCUGCGCGAAUUGUCGUUGCACCUGCUGAAGUAUGGUUCGCAAAGCGUCGCCGGCACCAACGUUCGCAGCAAGGCACCUGGCUCGUCGUGUACACCGCUGCACGUGCACGCAAUGUCGACGAGAUACGUUGCCACGCAGUUCGACGCCUCGAGGCUGCUCUGCCAAAUGCUCUGCAAAGCCGCCAACGUCGACUCGAAGCUCGAGAUCGAACGAGGAUUCAAUCUCAUCGACCAGCUGGACGAUUCAAGGCGUUGGAUGCUGUUCACUCUGCUGGAGCGAUAUCGUUACGCGACAGAAUGCGUAGCCUACCCAGUUCCUCAAGGUUUCAUGUCGUUCUUCGCUUACCUCGGUUAUCGCACCAUGAGAUACAACAAAUUUUUACAAUACGCCCGACAUUCCGUGUUCGAAUUGCAAGUCGACGUGGCCAAAGUCAUAAUGUCCGAUAUCGACGAUACGAAGGGCAACAUCAGCCACAAACUGGAACUACUGUCGGUGAUGCCACGCAUUCGAGCCAAGCGUCUGCUGAAUCAGUGGCUGCACCCCGUGAGCUUCAUGCUGAGAGCCCGCGAGCACGCGGCCAACAUACUGUCGGGCGAGCCGAGCCAGUCUCGCAGCAGGGCACCGCAGCAUCGUCAUCAUCAUAACGGUUUAUCCGCCUUCCCUGCGGCAAAUCGACUUUCUCCGCUGGAUAGGUUUUUCGAUUUACUCACGGCCAAAGCCAGCUUGACGGAACUGGAUUUUGGAUUGCUCAUCGAGGCUACCGUCACGUCGACCGAGGAUUUCCUUUAGGACAUAAAACCAGUGCAAUAAUUCAUUUUCAUAUUUUCAAUUUUUUAUAUUUGUGAAUCAUUAAUAGAUAAAAUUAUGAUACGUUCCUUUUUAAUUGUGAUAAAUUUACGAUUCGAAUUGUAAUUUAGUUUAAUUAUAAACGGUGAUUAUUGUUGUUAAGACAUAUUUUUUAUUUAUUCAAGAUACGAUUUUUUAAAUGCAUGGAACUGACGUAAUAAAACAGUAUACAGAGAACUCACUUAUUAAAAUAUUUAAAGGAUUUAUUAGGUAAACUUUUAAAAUAAAAAAAUUCAUAAAUAUUUGAUUUGAUGGUUGUUUAUUGAAACACUCUUUAUGAUGUACAAGCCAAUCUAGGUAAGCAAUUACUGAAAAUUAAACAUAAAAAAUGAACAAUUAAACUUAUGAAAAAUCACAAAAGUAGAUGCUGUUGUUAAUACAAUCUUAAUGAUAAUUCGCUUAUUAUCGCGAAAGACUCGAAGGCACAGACGAUCCUCGACCCUUACAUUUUUUUCCUCACCAAACAUUUCACCGCAAUAACAGUAAUGGAUAAAUUGCAUUCGUGAGCAAUGAAAAUUGAUAACAUCGGAGAAAAAGAAGAAAAAACGUCAUCACGGCAAAAUGAAACGGUUAACUACUACAGAACUUGGACACAUGUAUUGUUCGGCUGUAUUUACACGUAAUGUGAAAAAAGACUUAAGACAAUUCAACGCGUUAAGUUCGAUUUGUUUUUUUUUUCUAUUUAUUACGCAGAAUCAAAGUGUAAAGGGGACCGCGUGCCUUCGCACUCAGAAAUACGCAGAAAAUAACGAUUUCUCACAAUUAUUAUUUGAUAAAACUGCACAUUACACAUUAUCCUUAAUAAUCUAAUUGCUUCUUAGAGACUAUUUGAAAAAUGAGAAUGAACAGAAAUUUGAUCAACGCUACUGUUUCGAAUUCACGAAAUGUCGCGUACACGAAAGAGUAGGUAUACGAACAAGUCCAUGCGUUCGCGUGAGUGAUUUUUCUACAAUUUUUCAAGCACUGGUCAUCGGUUUUCACAAAAAUGUGUCGCACUUUCUUAACACAUAGAAUUAAACACUGGACUUUCGGCGUAUAAUUAUUUUUUCAAGUUACGUAAUAUUAUGUAUAAUUGCACCUAAGGCCACUUGAAUAAAUCUUAAGCGGUAGAGGCUACUUUCUGAACCGCAAAUUUUCAACAGUGAGUGUACGGCUACUCAAUUUUUCUUUUUUCUUUUUUUCAUACACAUUGUCAUCAUAUACUUAUAUCAUAAAACGUAAACGCAAUGGCACGGCCAAGUUGACAAAAAUAGUAAAAUAAUACACUCGAUACUUGUUACGAAGCAAGAAAAAAAAAACAAAAAUCUUUGUUUGAAGAUGUUCUACUGCAUAGAGACGCAGACGACAAUAAAAUUGCCCUUGAUUUCAACACGCGAUAUUACAUAAAAACUACAGUACAUACAUCAGUCCGAGGAAAACUUAUACAAGAUAUCAAAGUUUUAAACUGAAAUAUAUAUCAUCACUUUAAAAGUACAGGCCUUAACAUCAUACGUUACAUAGAAAUCUAAUUUUUAAUCAUUAAAACAUUGCCGUAAAUAAUCACAAUAAAAUGAAGAAUAAAAACGAGUAACGAGGCUCGUUAUUAUUAUGCGAUAAAAUUACUAAGUUUUUUACGGGCCUCUUGCAUCGCAAAUAUUACAUUUAUAGAUGCUUAUUUAAUAAUUAUAAAUUACACAAUGUUACUGGGUGUGCGAAAUUAGAACCUUAUGAUUCGAUGUGUAUCAUACACAAACUUUUAGCAUUACGUGUAUAUUACAUGUUGAUGUCAUACCUACAUUCAUCAAUGUACUCGUUAAAAAAAAA